GUCCCAGAGACUGAAGAGCAGAGAGUACUGCGUUCUUGGGUCGCGCUUCUGCAGGCAUUGGACACCCAGGUCAAGAUCAUUCCUGGUGAUAGUCCUGACCUGUUUGAGGAUAGAGAGACUUGGUCGCGCAGUUGGAGUCAGUUAUCUGUGCAAAUCGAGGGGGCUGCCACAAUAGCGGCGCGUUUGAAGUUAGAGCUCGAACUCGACGCGACUGGGAGGAAGAUAUUGGAGGAAGGUAAACGCGCCUAUAGGAACUUCUCGAAGGAGAUUCGCGAGAUUAAGGAGAGGGCUGUCGUGGAUCCUCCUCCUAGGACACCACCGCGCCCCAAGCACUUAUUACAGAAAUUGGUAGCGGAGGUCAUUCUACCUGGGGUCAAGGAUAGUGGGGAGAAGCUGGUGGAGCGAUCCGGUGGGCACCCUGAGGUACCUAGCUGCAUGCGCUGUCAGGAGAUGGGGCUGAAGUGCAAUGGAGGCCCUGGACAGUGCUGUCCUGCUUGCGCCUCUGCUAGGAGGCCCUGUUCAUUUGCGCGCAAGAAGAAAUCUAAGAAGGCUUCUGCGCCUCGCAAGGCAGGGUCUGCUCCAAACGCAUCUCUCCCGGCUGGGUCUGUUUCUGGCUCCAUCUGUCGUCCUGCUUCGUCUGCCGCCCUGGAUGUCAUGGAUGUCGAUACAUCUGGUUCUGGAGAGUCUGAGGUCGAGGAUAAGGAGGUGCCCAUUCGCGCUAUCAAGGCCCUGCCUUCUCGUGUGGUUAAGGCUGACAAGGGCAAAGGUAAGGCGGGCGCUCUCCAGCAGAGUUGCCUUAUCAUGUUGUCCCACCAGGCCUAUUCCAUGUCCACUGAGUUGGCGCGUUUGGAUGAAGAACUCGCCUUCCUUGAUUAGUCUAUCUCGUGCUCCUGGCUGCCAAAGCGCCUUUAGAAU